UUUUAUGAUCGAAUUCCAAUGCCACUUACGCCAUCUAGUGUUCGCCGGUGGUAAUGUGUCUGUGGGAGGAGACUAAAACCUGCGUGUCGGAUCCACUAAAAAAAUAAUGCGUCAUGGCCUGGGUUCGGAGUUUAGAGGCUUAGCUGGGUGCUGGUGUGGAGCAGACGCCGCUGGUGACCAAUUGACCCCUCAAACCCACAAGGAGACACGAAUAAAGCAGAAGACCAGAGCGCGAGGGCCUGCAGCCGGAGGGCAGUUCAAGAUGGAUGAGAAACAUUGUUGUGUGACGCUGUCAGUCCAGCCCUCCAGAGGACUUGUGGAUGAGAAAUUUGUUAUACUGGUCCAGAACAGCUUUCCCAGUUCCCUGUUGACCAUCUACGCCCACCAUCAGUGUGAAGACGGCUACAGCUGGCAUGCAUUCGCCCACUACACUUCUGAUGCCACUGGUGCUGUGAACGUUUCGGAAGAUUGCAGUACAGGUGGGACUUACUCGGGUGUUGAAGCUAUGGGUUUACUAUGGAGCCUCAAGCCAGUUCCAGGCAGCAAACCAGGACUCAGGAUGAGGAAGAAGAAUGUCCAGGCCCCCAUGGUGGUCACCAUAUCUGUCUACAGUGGUCACCUGACAGAGGGCUUUGGGGAUCAGGUCCCGCUGGCCGGUGUAGAAGUGGAGCGGUGGUACAUGGCUCCUGGUGUCCAGAGGAUCCCAGUCACAGAGGAUGGACUCACUGCAACCCUCUUCCUGCCUUCAGGACCUGGACCUUUUCCUGGUCUCCUGGACCUGUGGGGCGGUGGAGGUCAGUUGGUGGAAUAUCGUGCAGCUUUGCUGGCCUCGCAUGGCAUUGCCUCAAUGGCAAUUGACUACCUGACAUGUAAAUACACCAUGGAAACAGGAAAGAUUGUGGAGCAGGACUACUUUGAGAUGGCUUACAAAUUCCUCCAGAAGCACCCGAAGGUCCUCGGCAGUAGAAUCGCCAUGUUGGGUCUCUCCCUGGGCACCAGUGUCAUCCUGAAAAUGGCUGUGCAUUCUCAAAUUAUGAAGCUCAGCUGUGCCGCGUGUGUUAGUGGGAGUCAUGUGCAGCCAGUGGAUGGAUUCUUGAAGGAGGUGCUGGAUUACUUCGGCAAAAACAGUGGGAAUGCUCGCUUUACCGAAGAUAAUGAGGUGAUCUGGCGAGAUCUCCUGCUGCCCAUCCCCACUGACCUCUCCCUCAAAGUGGAUGUGGGAAAACUCCAGUGUCCACUGAUGCUGAUUGUUGGUGAGGAUGAUCAGAACUGGUGCGCCUAUGAGUCUGCAAUGGAUAUGAAGGGGAUGAUGGAACGAGCAGGGAACAACCAUCUACUGACUCUCUUGUCGUACCCAAACGCAGGUCACUUGAUCGAACCACCAUACAUGACUCAUGCCAGAGUGAGUCACUUCAGAGAUGUGCAGUCACAACAGAAAAUGAUGGUUCUGUGGGGAGGACAGACCCUGGAACAUUCUCGGGCUCAGGAGGACGCCUGGAGGAAACUGUUGGUCUUUCUGAGGAAGAAUCUGUACAGCGGAGCGAAGAGUGGAUCUUUGUCGCUUUCCAACCUUUAACUAAUGACCAGCGGUUGUUGAAUUGAACAGCUGAACCACAUAACUUCUUCUCUGGCAGACAAGGAGAUUGCUUUAGGAGCUAAAUGGAGGCUCAAGUGAAAAAGCUUUUGAUUGUUGAUUAUGAAUGUACUGUUUUAUACAACUUGGACCCAUUGGUCAACAAAAAUUAGUUACAUAAAACAUACUGUAAAAUAAGGGUUUUAAUAAAAAUAAAGAACAAAUCAAGCUCCAGCAGGGCGAGCUCAAAUCGUGGCAGUGACAGCUGCCGCAACCUGCCACAGCUUCUGUGUGGCAUACUGAAUGGCCUUAUUUUGAACCAAAAAAAAAAGCUAAAACGUCAACACAUCCAUCCAUCACUGAUUCAGCGACAUAUACCGCAGCUUCUGUGUCAGAUUGAAUAUGAAUGAUUUUAUUUAGGAAAAAAAAAACGAACGGUGGAUCUGGCACAUCCUGC